CACAAAAUAUCUUUACUUUCUGUUUGUCAGGGAAACAUGAUCAGCUUUCGUUUAAUCAUGUAAUACUGAAUUAACAACAAACAAAACAUGUCUUUGUUCAUCCUUUGGAGUGGAAGAACUAGAUAAAGUCGACUUGAAUCAUUGAAAACAUCUAGUACGUCGUAUAGAAGUAAAAACCCCUUGAGAACAGUAAAUUAAUGACAACACUACAACAUGAAUGACGAGGAUAGAAGAAAAUUACAGACCAGUCGUUCAUUUCUUGUGAAGAAUAUAGAAAAUAUAGAGGAUAUAAAUGAAGAGUUAUAUACACGUGAGGUGUUCACUGAUGGAAUGAAAGCAGAUGUUGAGGUCCAAGACACAAAGGAGAAAAAAGUAAGGAAAUUUUUAGAUAUACUUCCACGAAGAGGACCUGAUGCAUUCGAAAUUUUUCUAGAUGUACUGAAUCAAACCAAGAAUAAACAUGUUUAUGAUAGAUUAAUCACUGGAUCUUCUGGUGCUACUUAUCAAAGAUCAUAUAUUGCACAGCCGAUAAAUCUUCCCACUAUAGGGGGAGAUAACCAAUUGCCAGAAACAUGGCCAGAUGAAAGAAGUAUUUUAGAGGCAUCCCAAUGUAAAAUAAAACCCCAUGAUCCUUCACUGAUGCAGCACACAGUCUCUGGAAGGGCAUAUCAAAUGAAGAGAAAUCCAAGAGGCAGAGCUGUGAUUAUAAACAAUAAAAUAUUCCAUGGACCAGUUCAAAAGAUCGAUGGUAAAAACCGAGUGAUGUUAGCCAUGAGGGAGGGCACUGAUGAAGACGUUCAAGGAUUACAUAAACUGUUUACAGAUCUACAUUUUCAUGUAAAAAUUCACAAAGAUAAAAAUGCUCAGAAAAUAGUUGACAUUCUACAAGAAGAAGCAAAUGAUGUAGCGUUCCACAGAAAUGCUGAUUGUUUUAUUCUGAUCAUUCUGACCCACGGAAAACAAAAUGCUAUAUAUGGUAGUGAUGGGAAGACUGUUGAAAUAAGAGAUAUCAAAGACAUGUUUAAUGCAAGAAAUUUUCACUGUAUGGAGAAUAAGCCAAAACUGUUCUUUAUUCAGGCCUGUAGAGGGGAGGAAUACGAUGGGGGAAGAAAUAAGACUGUUCCUGAUGCAUCAAGUACUGAUUGUGCAAUGUCCGGAAAUGUGGUCAAUCUGGCAUUAGAAAGAACUAGACUUGACUUUGAAAGAAUUUCCGUAGAGAAAGCCAAUGAUACAGAUGCAACCGUGGAGAAAAGUAUCGCAACUGAUUCACAUCGGCUAGUUGCUAUGGCAACAACGAUGGACAUGGUGUCCUUUAGAAACAGAAUUCUAGGCUCCUGGUUCAUGCAGGCAGUUAUCUAUGUUUUCAGAAAGUGUUCACAUAAUGAAGACAUUCUCUCCAUGUUAUCAGAUGUUAACCAUUUAGUUAGUCUAGGAAGAGCCAAGGAUAGGGAGAACAGGGAUGCAGUUGCUGUGUCAGAGUUUGAAUCAACAUUAUCAAAACGUUUUUAUUUUUUCCCACACCAGUGUGAAACAGUGCCGAUACAGGCAUCAACUUCAUGAGGUCAAUCAGUUUUAAAUACAUGUAGUUGUUAACUUAGAAUCAUGGAUUAUUUAUAUUUUAAAAGUUUUCAUGUACUUCUUAUGAUUGUACCAAACUCAAUUACCAAAACAAAAUAAUUACUGUGGAUUCAUUUUUUUUCCUUGGGUACUAAUAUUCAUGGAUUUUUAUGGGUGAAGAUGAACUAUAAAUUUAAAUAUUAAGGAUGUUCGCUCCUCCUCAUUUUUGAAUUUUUGUCAGAUAUUCAGAAUCCUCUGGUUUUAUCCAUGUAGUGUCAUUAAAAACAUUGCCCUCUAACCCCUACUUUUCUUUUCAUAAUUUGAUUACAUAUAGUUUAUAAUGCCAUCUUUGAAAAUCUUUUCAAAUCCUUGUUAUUUUUUCAUAGUUUUUGAAAGAAAAAAGGUGCCAAUGUAAUAUGUAUGAAAAAUCUAGAGAGAAUCAUUUCCCGUCAAAUUUUGAAUGGCUUGUAUCUCCAAAACAAGCACACGAACCCUUCAUUUUUUUCUACUUUUAUAGUUCCUUUAUUUAUAUACUAUCAAUUUAAAACGGUCUUUUAAAAAUUUAUUAUUUUAAAACAGAGUAGCGAACAUCCUUAAAUGAAUAUAAACUUCUGAAAGGCUUGUAUACAAAAUUUGUGAAAACCUAGAAAUCAAGAAUCCACAGAAAUACUCCUUUUUCAGAAUCCACAAUAACUAAAUGAAUCCACAGUACAUUGAGAAAUAAAAAACUUUCAAAAUAGUGAAAUUUGUAAAAUUAAAGAGGAAAAACAGAUUCUACCACAACUCCUGUUAUUGAAAUGUAAUGUCAAUUUGUUUUCCUUAUUUGAAAUGUGAGGCUUGCCAAGUUAAAAAAAAAUCAUAAGGAAAAUUCUACAAAUGUUAAGGCCAUGCAAAAAAGAUGGUAGGUUUCCCCUAACUCAACCGGGUCUGUUUUUAACCUCCGGGUCAAUUCUUUUAAUUACUAGAUGAAAAAAAGAGCAAAACUCUCUUUUAAGACAAUUAUCAAUGACGCUUUGAUUGUCGGAUAAUUUCUUGUAAAAGUUCCAUUUGUCAUUCUUAUAGUUUAAAAUAGCUUAUAUCACAAUAUAGAUCACGAUAUAAUGUCAAACAAGUUUUUUUUUCAAAAAAUUUGUUUGUCAGUGGUUUAAAAAAAUAAUCUCUGUAGAGCGAAACUGUAUGUGCCACAUUUGAAUUUCAAAUUUUAGAAAAUAAAAUAAAAUCAAAAUUUUUUCCUGCCUGCCUACCCUUAAAUGUUUUCUUGUGUUAGGGGAAACCAACAUUCAAUUUUCAAUGGCCUAACUCCUAUACUCACUAUAAUAGUUGGACAAAAUGUUGGGUAGAUGUGUAUCCUUUCCAAUUUGUCUUUAAUUUUAAUUGAUUUACCACUUCAAACAUGACAUUGUUGUGGGUAGCAGUCUAUUCAUAGCAGGGGUUUCUGGUCACUAGUGGUUCUAAAACAUUCUGGUGAUAUUUCAGCCUGACUACUUGAAAGUUGUUUUGAAUGCAUUAAUGUCAAGUUUUUUUUUUUAUUUGAAAAUGAGUUAUUUAUGUAAAUAUGUAAACAAAAUUGUCUAACAGGUUCCAGUCAUCCUGUCCUUACUUGUUCCAUAAUUUCUCAUUAUUUUUUCAAUAACUACAAUAAGUUCUUUAAUUAAAAUGAAGAAAAUAAUGUGAUUAGCGUAUUACAAUUACAGAAUGGUUUUGUUUUGUUUUAUUGUUAAGAAAAACUUGUCUAUAUAAGGGGAGAUAACACGAUAAUUUUUCUAAAAAAAUAAAUGUUUUGUUUUGUAGCAAGAAGAACCCAAUUUUUAUUUUUGAAUUGUAAAAUUAUCAUUUAUUAAGUCUCCCAAACGAAGUUUGGGAAGACUUAUUGUUUUUGCUCAGUUCUUAUUAUUAUUAUUAUUAUUCUUCUUCUUCUUCUUCUUCUUCUUCUUCUUCCGCCGCUUUUAAAUUUGAACUUGUCCGCACCCGUUCUCCAAAACCGCUUGUCAGAUUAACUUAGGGUUUCACAAUAUGUUAGACUAACAUGUCUAGUGGUGCAAUCAGGGUUUUGUUUGUGCAAUGGGGUUUAUAAAGGGGUACUUUGAGGGGCAAAAAGAAAAGAGGGUUUUACUAUAGAACCCUAUGGGAUUUUAUUUUAAAAAAUUUUCAAAUGAUUAUAAAUUGAAAACCGUUUGUGAUAGACACAAUCUUUUUAAUUGAAAAUGUUCUAAAUGAUAAAGCCCAUUAAAUGAAAUACAGGGUUAGUCCCCAGGGGUCACCCCCACCCCCUGCCAUUUAAGAAAGUUCUAAUACCUUGUAAGUGGUCAAGAUCCCCACCCCUAAACCAUAUAUAUUCUGGUUUGUCAUGCUAAGAUGGUUUGAAUGAUAUACAGGGUUAGUCCCCAGGGGUCAUCCCGACCCCCUGCCAUUUGAGAAAGUUCUAAUAUCUUGUUAAUGGUCGAGAUCCCCACCCCUAAACCAUAUAUAUUCUGGUUUGUCAUGAUAAAGCACAUCAAAUGUAAUACAGGGUUAGUCCCCAGGGGUCACCCCCACCCCCUGCCAUUUAAGAAAGUUCUAAUAUCUUCUAAGUGGUCAAGAUCCCCACCCCUAAACCAUAUAUAUUCUGGUUUGUCAUGCUAAGAUGGUUUGAAUGAUAUACAGGGUUAGUCCCCAGGGGUCAUCCCGACCCCCUGCCAUUUGAGAAAGUUCGAAUAUCUUGUAAAUGGUCGAGAUCCCACCCCUAAACCAUAUAUAUUCUGGUUUGUCAUGAUAAAGCACAUCAAAUGAAAUACAGGGUUAUUCCCCAGGGGUCACCCCACCCCCUGCCAUUUAAGAAAGUUCUAAUACCUUGUAAGUGGUCAAGAUCCCCACCCCUAAACCAUAUAUAUUCUGGUUUGUCAUGCUGAGAUGGUUUGAAUGAUAUACAGGGUUAGUCCCCAGGGGUCAUCCCGACCCCCUGCCAUUUGAGAAAGUUCUAAUAUCUUGUAAAUGGUUGAGAUCCCCACCCCUAAACCAUAUAUAUUCUGGUUUGUCAUGAUAAAGCACAUCAAAUGAAAUACAGGGUUAGUCCCCAGGGGUCACCCCCACCCCCUGCCAUUAAAGAAAGUUCUAAUAUCUUCUAAGUGGUCAAGAUCCCCACCCAUAAACCAUAUAUAUUCUGGUUUGUCAUGCUAAGAUGGUUUGAAUGAUAUACAGGGUUAGUCCCCAGGGGUCAUCCCGCCCCCCUGCCAUUUGAGAAAGUUCUAAUAUCUUGUAAAUGGUUGAGAUCCCCACCCCUAAACCAUAUAUAUUCUGGUUUGUCAUGAUAAAGCACAUCAAAUGAAAUACAGGGUUAGUCCCCAGGGGUCAUCCCGACCCCCUGCCAUUUGAGAAAGUUCUAAUAUCUUGUAAAUGGUCGAGAUCCCCACCCCUAAACCAUAUAUAUUCCUAUUUGUCAUGUCUCGAACAUUUGAAUGACGUAUACGGUCAGUCCCCAGGGGUUCCCCCCACCCCCAAUGUUCUUAUAUCUUGUAAAUGGUUGAGAUCCCCACCCCUAAACCAUAUAUAUUCCUGUUCCUCAUGUAAUGAACAUUUGAAUGACGUAUAGGGCCAGUCCCCAGGGGUUCCUCCCCACCAACAAUGUUCUAGUAUCUUGUAAAUGGUCGAGAUCCCCACCCCUAAACCAUAUAUAUUCUGGUUUGUCAUGCCAAGAUGAUUUGAAUGAUAUACAAGGUUAGUCCCCAGGCAUCACUAAUGCAUAUAACUUUACUGGACCAAACCAAUUUUCACUGGAUGUGGCCCAAUGUCAGGCGACCCUGGGAAUUACGAAUUAUGGGAGCUUCGUUUGGGAGACUUCGUAACAGCAUCCUGUUACAAUCAUUUCUUGUUUUUAAUUCAAUCAGUCUCUUUUUCUAUUCACAUAAAAGUGGUUUUUCCAUGAAUAAUCCAGAGUUGGCAAAGUAUGGGUCCUGGUUUUCCCAGGCUGGGCAAUACUCCCAGAAAUGGGUAAUACAGGGCAAUAUGAUUUUUUGAGCUUAUUUUUCAUGUUUUUACACAGAAUACUAAAGAAAUGUUUUACUUUUAUAGUAUCAUAGCUAAUUAUAUACAUUUUAUACAGAUGAUCAUUGAGAGUCAUUUUCAGAGGAUUUAAAAUUCAAUUUCUUUCUCUUCUCCUAUAAUUCUAUGCAGGCAGAAUACAAUUAAGUUUUGUUCAUUUUUGGAUACCUUGUUUAUAACCAAACUUUGUUUCAAUAACCCAAACUUUGAAAAGUAUACCUUUUUGUGCAGUGUAUGAGUGAAUUGUAACUUUUAAUUGUUAUACAAUCAUAUUGCUAAAUAAACACCAUAAGGGACAUGUUAUGAACAAUUGUAUAAAUGAAAAGGCAGAUUAUUGUUAGGUAAACAAAUCUCCGGUAUAAUCCGAAUAAUUACUAUUGGAUUAGUGAUGUACAUAUAAGUAUGCUAAAACUAAGUAAAUUUUGUUUAGCAGUGAUAAAAAAAGAAUGAAAAGUCAUUUCCUUACAUACAAUUAAUUGUUUAUUCUUAAUAAUACAUGUAUUAAAAAAAAAAAAAUUGAAUUGGUUGGUUGGCUUCUUGUUAAGAGUUUGAUCAAUUUAUACAGAAUGGCCAUUUAAUAGAUUGUUAGUAAGAUUAUUAAGAAAGCUUUUCACAUUUUUCAAUACGUCCUCAUGUACUGCUUAAGAGUUUCUGGACCAAUACUUUCUCAGAUUUAUACACUUUAUAAUAAGAGUCUCAAACAAGUGAACUUAUGAAUUAAAUUAAAAGACUAUGUCUUAUUUAUAUCGAUCUUGCAUUUGUGAUUAAUCACUGAAUCCUCUUUGCGAAUCAGGCCAGUAUUUCACAUUACCCAGUAUUACCCAGUAAAACCCAGGUUUUCCCAGUUUUUCCCACUGGGCUAAGCAAUACUCAUAAAACCUGGGUUUCUGCCAACCCUGGAAUAAUCUAUGCAAAAUCUGACAAUUUUGCACAACCUGUGAACCAUUCUUUUUAAAAUUUCAUUUUGACAAGCAUUUAAAAAUUCUAUUGUUUUUUGUUUUUUUUUUAUUUUAACCUACCAUCUCCCCUUUCACAAUAUCUGAAAAAUAUUUAUUGAUUCCAUAAAAUUUGCUUGUAUCAUAAUCUUUGAGAUGAGUGCUGGGUUAAAUUAUACAUACAUGUAUAUAAAAGGAAGAGUGCUUGUUUAUAUUAGAAUUUAUUUUGUGUUCUAUGGCUCAUCGGGUGAUUUUUUUGGUUUAUUUAUUUAUUUAUUCAGUGCUAUUGAUUAUUUCUUUUAUCAUGUGCUUAUGUAUAAACUUUUACUGAGCAGUUGAAUAUAUUUUGAUCAAUUUUAGCCAUUAUGUCAGUAUGAAAUAAAGUAAAUCAUGCUAAUUAGUGAUACAAUUAGGACUAUUCUAUUCAAAGCUAUGUAGUUUGCUGGGAAAGGUAAAUUCCAUUAAAAGCAAUGUAGGUGGGCAGGAAGGACUAUUCCAUUAAAAGCAAUGUAGGUGGGAAGGAAGGACUAUUCCAUUAAAAGCAAUGUAGGUGUGAAGGAAGGACUAUUCCAUUAAAAGCAAUAUAGGUUGGCAGGAAGGACUAUUCCAUUAAAAGCAAUGUAGUUGUGAAGGAAGGACUAUUCCAUUAAAAGCUAUGUAGUUGUGAAGGAAGGACUAUUCCAUUAAAAGCUAUGUAGCUGUGAAGGAAGGACUAUUCCAUUAAAAGCUAUGUAGCUGUGAAGGAAGGACUAUUACAUUAAAAGCAAUAUAGUUGUGAAGGAAGGACUAUUCCGUUAAAAGCAAUGUAGGUGGGCAGGAAGGACUUUUCCAUUAAAAGUGAUUAAAGGUGGGGAGAAAGGGAAGUUUUGUUUUUGUACCUGUAUUAUGGGCCAUUUUAAGGUUUUAUAUUAUUUAAUGAAUGUAAAAUUGCUCACAAGAAGAAAGUUUGGAUGUUGGAGGAUUUUUGAAGACCUCUCACCUCUAUUUUAAUGACAUGUAUAAGAUAUGCCUUAGUACCUAUCAUGCUAACAUUUUGUAGUGUAGAUUUUCAAAAGUUGGCAGAUAAUAAUGACAUAGGACCAUGCUCUCCUUUCCACUCUCCAGUGGUCAAGUUCAUUUUUCAGGUUAAUUUCUAUUCCUAAGUAACCAUGUUUGAGAGUUCAUCAAUAUUUCAGAGGCUAGUUUGUUGGUAGGAGUAUAUAUCUGUCAGACUUGCGACUGACAUUAAUUCACACUUGAUUGGUAUAUCUGCCCCUAUCCAAUAUACCCUCAUUUUCCAGUUGCAGUAAAAAUUUCCGGCUUUUAUUGAGGUUGACCCACUCUGAAAAAAAUACCUUUUAUAUUUAAUGUUCAUAUGUUCCAAUUCUGUAAAAAAAAGUAAAGUAAAAAAAAUACCAAACUCCAAGAAAAAUUCAAAUCGGCAAGUCCCUUAUCAAAUGGCAAAAUCAAAAGCUCAAACACAUCAAACAAGUGGAUAGCAACUGUCAUAUUCCUGACUUGGUACAGGCAUUUCCUUAUGUAGAAAAUGGUGGAUUAAACCUGGUUUUAUAGCUAGCUAAACCUCUCACUUGUAUGACAGUGGCAUGAAUGUGCAUGAAAUAUUUGUCACUGAGUGGUAGACAAGCAACAAUAAAUCAAUCAUCUCAGUUGUCAUAGUUUUUAUUUGGUCUGUUUCUAUGAAACUGGGGGCAGUGAGACUAACAGUGUAUAUAGUGUAAGAGAUCCAACAAGAGUGCAUUAAAAUUUCACAUGUUGCUUUUGACAUUUUCCUCAGUUUUAGAGAUUUUGACCUUUGUAAAGUAUUUAAGUAUUGCAGCAGACAAAACCUGUAGUUUAUCAACUAUUGUCAUUUUUUGGUGUUUUAUUGUACAUUUUGCUUUUUUUUGUUGUUAUAUUGUAUAUUUUGUUGUUAUAACAUCUUUACUUUUUCUUUUGUAUACAUGCAUAAGAAAAAAAAACUUUCUUUUUGUAUGAAGUGGACUGGAAAGCACUAGUUUUUUUUCAGUCUCCCUGUUUAAAAGACAAGAAAUAUCUGUUGUUAAAAGAAUUUUUGUUUGUCUGAAUUUUUUCCCAUAAUAAAAAUGUGAUAUGCAAGUUUAAACUAACAUAAUGAGCAGAAGAUAUAUUGUAAGCACUGUUUUUAUGUUCUCUUUGACAAAAAAUAAGGAAAUUUUCAAAGUGUACUAAAACUUUUGUUUAUUGACUGUUUAAUAAAAUCUAUUUUUAUACAUAAUAUUUUUUUAUAUAUGCAUAUUUUAUACAACCCAAUAAAUGCUUAUAACAAAAA